GCGGGGGGUGGAGCGCGUGCCGUGAACGGCCGAUCGGUGAACGCAGCCUAUUGAGCGCGUGCGCGUCAUUUGAAUGCGAGUCACGCUGAAGUGGCGACGCCGCGCCGCCAGGUGGACCGGCGCAGGUGGACCUCAGUGGCCCUCCGUGGGAUGCCCGGGGAUCGUGAAGAGCGCAGCGCAGGAGCUCGCCACGCGUGUCCUCCGCUUGCUUAGCCCUCCCGAUAAUAACAAGAAAAAUAAUAUACUAAUAAUUCAGAAUGGGGUGUUCAACCAGCACCGAGACGGUAACGUCCCAAGGGAGAAGACCAGGUACCAAGCCGGAGGAGAGCAACGGAUCGACGGCAGAGCAUUACUGUGACAAGAAAAACUUCUCCGAAGACACAGAGACCAUUCCAGACUUCAACCAUUUACCUGGCAGCCAGGAGCCUCCAGCCAGCGGCGCACUGGAUGCUGAUGCCAAGAAGGAUGAGGCUGGAGCCCCUGUGGAGGAGGAGCCUGCGGAAGAACACGCAGAUGUGGACGAAGUCGAGGGAACGGCGGAGCCGCCGGCGCAGGAGGUGCCGAGCUCGGACGCCCGGGAGACGGGGGAGGAAGCCGAGGCGUCCCCGGAGCACGCCGGUGACACCGAGGUCACAGAAGCUCAGGUGGAGCCCAGCGCUGCUGAGGAAGCACCUGCAUCCGCUGAAAACGAAUAGAUGAGGCCCUCUGCUCAUGAGCGGUGGCGCAAACCGGUCAAGAGGACGAGAGGGUUUUUGUGAAAAUAGCGGUAAAGACGCUACGGAUCCAAGCGAGGAGUUGGGAAGCUCGAGGACUUCCACUUGUCUGUUGCCAAGAUGAAAACGACGAAGCUGCAGGACCCUCAUCGCUGACGCCGUUGUGCCUUUUUUUGCCCGUAAAAUCUUCAGCGGGGCUUUUUAUCUAAAUAUUUCUCAUUUACUUGACAUAUAACCAGUGUGAAGGCAGUGAGAAAGUGCUACUUCAGCAUCUUCUGCUUUUGUACCGCAAAGGGUUUUCCAGGUAAAACUGCUCUAGGAUGCCAGGACCUCUUUAGAUUAGCCAUGUUGCAUAAACAGUGAAAUUUUACGAGGUGCAGGUAUGUUACAUGACCUUACUGCUAUUUCAUUUACCCACAGCUGACUUAAUGUACUAUUAAUUCUUGCAUGAGUGGAGUGGGGAUAAUACACAUUAGAAACUUGCGAUGUGCUUAAUAGAAAUGCAAUUGAUCGAAUCGGUUAAUAAUUUUUUUGCGUGCAUGAAACUAACUAAUAGGCCACCCAGCUUGUGUCAAAUGUGUAUGGAAAUGUAUAUGUUCUGUGCUCACGUCAUACUCUACCUUCUUUAUGCAGUGAUAUUAUGCGUACAGUGAGGCGAAGAAGAAAGUUCGUACCUCGCUCCUGCCCCACGCAAGGCAAAGUAUGGUCACCUCUCACUGAGUGCAUCUGACUUGUCUCAUAGCUGCAUAUUUUUAUUAUAGUGUAAAAUCGUCAGUUUUCAUAAUAAUGAGCCCUAAAGCAAAAAGAAAAAAAAGUUUAAAUUCAUGCAAGGUGUUGAAAAGGCAAAGGAAAAGGCCUUACCUGUCAACUGAAAGGUCAAAGUGAUAAAAGGCAUAGAAUUUUCUUGAAGGCCCGUAUUGUUACAAAUGAGUUUUUGCGAUAUGAUUUCCCAUUCAUUAAUCUGAAUCCUUAUCCUUAACAAGUAUCGCGGCAGAGAGGGGCGAUUACGGUCAUUUCAGGUAUUGCCUUGGAAGCUGGAGUUCUGACGCUCUGGGUUGGGUUUUGAAUGACAACCUUCCCUGUGUUUGAAAGAUAAGGCAGGAGUUUUGCAUGUCUGGUGAAAAAAAUGGGUGAACGUUUCAUAGCUCAGGAAUGGAUUAUUUAUUUGAAUGCUAAUUCAAUUAUAAGUUUAUUUAAUGAGAAACCUCCUUAUAAUAAGCAAUGACGAUGACAGAAGGAUUAUGUCUUAUCAUAUGAGGUUAGAUUUCUCUGCUGUUAGGGCUUGGUGAGGGCUAGAUGAGCAUAGUUCUGUUCUAAUACAUAAAACCACUGAACUGCAAAUGGUUUACUUUAUUUCAGUAUGUGUUAGUGUGUCAUUCUCUUGUUUCAUCCAUAUUUCUGUGAGAAAGUUUCUUCCGCUUGCUGUUCCAUAAAAAUAUGGAACUGAAAUAAUGCAAUAACAACCAGGUGGAACACCAUGGAGACAAAGAAGAGAAAGGUUUUUUUUCUCAGAAGGAGUUCACCAGCAGCACAGCAAAGCUGGAGGAAGCAGGUGAUCAUAUGAGCACCGAGGGCGCGCGGUUGGGUUUCUCUCCUCAACCUGUGGUUCGAGUUCGGCUGAACAGGUGAGCAAUGCUGUGACGCUUCCAGCUUCAUAAGCAGGCAGGAUGUGUGCGUUCCUCUCUACGCAUAUUCCGUGCGACGGUGACGGAGGUUCGCGGAUGGGGCCCAGUCUCCACCAGCCCACCCUUAGGGAAAGGAGACAGAGAGAGAGUCAUGGAACACAUACGCAUCCUGCGUUUAAUAAAAUGCCUGCCACUUCCCUACUUUGAUUUGGGGGACCAAAUGCUAUUUAAUUUGUGUGAAUCAGUAGUAUGCUUUUUUUUUUUUGUAUAAUGUUAUUAACACACGUCCAUGUGCGCAGUUACUGGAAAUAAUCAGCAGUUACUCUCUGUGUGUAUUCUGUCAUUUUUAUUUAUGUACCGUAACACACACAUCCUGCCUGCAUAUGAAGCUGGAAACGUUAUACUUGUCGCUCAUGCGUUCGG